ACAGAGACAAAUCCUAAACCCCAACCCUCUUUCAAUCUAAAGCGAAGAAGGGGAAGAAAAAAAACCAGAAACGAUGUCGCAGAAAACAAUGCAAGUGGUGAAGAACUUGGACAUCAAGAGAUACAUGGGAAGAUGGUAUGAGAUAGCUUCAUUCCCGUCAAGGUUUCAGCCAAAGAAUGGGAUGAACACAAGGGCUACCUAUACUCUGGAAGAAGAUGGAACAGUGCAUGUACUUAAGGAGACAUGGAAUGAUGGCAAAAGAGGGUCUAUAGAAGGCACCGCCUACAAGGCUGAUCCCAAGAGUGACGAGGCAAAGCUGAAGGUGAAGUUCUAUGUUCCUCCUAUCUUGCCCAUAAUCCCUGUUGUUGGAGAUUACUGGGUUUUGUACAUUGAUGAUGAUUACCAGUAUGCUCUCGUUGGUCAACCUAGCAGAAAUUAUCUUUGGAUAUUAUGCAGGCAGACACAUAUGGAUGAUGGAAUCUACAAUCAGCUGGUGCAGAAAGCUGAAGAUGUGGGCUAUGAUGUAAUUAAACUGCACAAGACCCCACGAAGUGAUUCUCCACCGGAAGGAGAGGACACCAAAGGCAUUUGGUGGAUCAAAUCUGUUUUAGGGUGAUCGAAAAUCAUGAAAAUAGAUAUUGCAUCAAUUAAAUGAGAAGCCAUGCCAUAGUUAGCAACUUACCUAAAUUGCAAUUGAAUACACUGUCAUUGAUGGCAAA